GUAGAGUCAAGCAAGAAUUAGAUCUAGUCUAGAAUCUAGAUUAUUAGACAUUCAUUUGACUCAUCUGAGUAUAAUCUUACUAUUAUUUAUAGUAAUAAUACUAGAUUCUAGAUCUAAUACUAAUUAAGAAAUGUAAUACAUUAAUGCUAAUACUAGACUUAGAUUCUAGUUAUAUUUAUUUAAGCUAUGGCUAAGUAUAGAAGUAUAGAUCUAGUAUUUCAAUUUACACAGGUCUAGACUAGAUUUUCUAAUUUAGAUUAAGCUGUUAAAACUCUUAUAAUAAUCUGAACAUCACACCUUCUCAUCAAAAACUCAUUCACUGAAGUCUGAACACAUCUUUUUUUGUUUUUAAUUCAUUUGUUUUAUGUUUGGACAAAAAUUUACACAAAUUCAUUUAUAGAAACACAUUCCAGAAAAUGUUAACAGAAAUAAAAAAUGAGUUAUAAUUUAUUCAACAAAUAAUAAUGAAUUUAACUAAUUCUUGUUCACCGAACAGGGCAAUGUUGUAAUAAGAAAUAUUAUUGUCAUUAUUUAAUCUAUGAUUUAUUUGUUGAGUAAACAUGACCCAGAUCAAGAUAUCUUUAGGUAUCUAUCUAAUAAUUAUGAAUGAAGGAAAAAAGUGCUGGCUGCUAAUUUGAAGCCAGAGACUAUGCCUACUACAACAGGUGAUCACGCUUAGUACAGCUGGACUUGAUAAAAACUGUUUACAAGUGGAGAUAGAUCAAAUCAAAUUUAUUGUCAAAUUUAUUGACAUUAUUGGGACUGUUGAUUGUGUCACUCUGAGUAUUUCAAACUAAAAGCCUGCAGCCUUUUUAUGGCUGUUCUAAGCUGUGUCUUUGGGUAAGACACAGUAAGAAAAUGAGAUGAGAAUUAACCCUUGUGAUCCAAACUCUGUGCAUCUAUUUCAAUGGAAGUGUGUUUCAUGUCAUGGCAAUCGACAGGAGAACAUUGAAUCAUGUAGUAUCAAGGAAAAAGCUAAUCUAUCUAUCCCAUGUGGAAGACUUCAUCACGCAGCAUGUACUCAAGGAAAAUUUGUUUAUAUUUUGGGAGGCAAAGAUAGAUACUCCCCCCUUAAAGAUUUUUGGAGACUGGAUCUUGUAAAUGAGAAAUGGGACAGAAUUGAUGGUAAGAAAAUGAUCCUUCCACAUUUAGAAGGCCACACCAUGCUUUCUUAUAAGAGUGAGCUUCUGAUAUUUGGAGGCACCUUUUGUGAUACUGGAGAUGAUACUCCAUUGUGGAUAUUUAAUACAGAUUUGUGCUGUUUACGCAAAUGGUCUGAGCCCAGCAGCCAGAAACCAAGUGGCAGACGUGAACAUUCUGCUGUUAUUUAUAAAAAUUCAAUGUAUAUUUAUGGAGGAUUUUUGGAUAAUUCUGGAUCAACUGAUGAAUUUUGGCUCUUUAAUAUUGAGGAAGAAGUUUGGCAAGAGAUACCAAGAAAUCAACCAGGCAAACGUCAUGGCCAUGUUGCUGUUGUGGUCUCCAACAAUAUGUGGCUUCAUGGUGGAAUGAAAGAGCUUGUGGCAUUGGCAGACUUAUGGGUUUUUAACUUCAGUUUGUGUACUUGGACAAAAGUGAAAAGUCAGGGGAUGAGUCCUACCUUAUCGAACCAUACAGGUCAUGCUUUUGAAAAAUGGUUAAUUUUAAUUGGAGGAACUCAAUCUAGUCAGUUAUCUCAAAAUGUUUGGUUAUUUAGAUUUGAUACUUUGACAUGGAGCCUAGUGUCAACACAAUCAGGAGAUAUUCAUCCACCCCUAUCUUUACAUGCUUCAGUUCUUCUUAAGGCUUCAACGUUCCAGAGUCAAUUUGUAGACCAGAUAAAAUCCCUGCCUCAGCUCACUUCAGCUUCAGUACUGAAUCCAUGUGAGUUAGUGCGACCCCAUACUGCUUUUAGUAAGUACAAUAGAAGCUAUAAUUCAACUGGCUCACAUAGUGAACCUACCCAGAAUAUGAAAGAAACUAUAUUUCAAAACUGCUCUAAAUCCAAAUGUGAGUUAUCUGAUGCAAGUGCUGAGCUAUUGAAAUUGGAAUGUCUUCAUAGCCACAUCACCAGAAGUGAAGUUGGAAGACAGUCUAAAGCUGAAACAUCAUUCACAGUUCAUCCCGUCAGUGAAGGUCAGAUACAGUUCCAAACUAACCAGAUUAUUAAUGUUGAUUAUAAAAAGAACAUGCGACCAGCGUCAGGUGAACUGGUCAAUGAUAACCUCCCCUUGCUCCAGAGAUUUCAUUCAGUGACAUCCGAUGAUGAUUUAGGGGUAAAUAACCUCAGUGUUUCCAUAUCUGAUGAGCAGGUUAACAAAUCUUUCCAUCCUCAUUCCUGCCCAAUUAAAUCUGCAGCACCCUUUGACAAAUCUGUGCAACGAAAUAAUCAGCAAGAACCCAGCAGAUCUGUGGACAAAAAUCAAUCACGAACAUCAUUGAUGAAGAAAGUUAUAAAACAUAAAGCAAGUAAAGGUCACCAGAUGAAAGACAUACAGCUUGCAAAAAAGUUUGAAAAUAGAAAUAAUUUUGAGAACCCAUGCUACACAGUGUUAUAUGAUGAAAGAAUUAAGUGGAAAGACUUUCGUAGCGGUGAAAAUGUAAUGACAUUUAGUUCGAGUCUCAUGAAAAAGCCAUCAAAAUUGAGAGACCUGUCUCAUAGUCAAGAGGAUUUACUGGUUGAAGAUUUAGAGUGGCUUGACAGUGAUCAGUUAUUUGAAGCAGCUGCACUUAGCUAUCCUAGCAGCCAGAGAAUCAGGAGCUCAUCAUGUAAAGAUAUUAGUAGCUAUCCUGGCUACAUCAUAACUUCAAGCAUAACUUCAAAGAACUUUCAAAGGCAAAAUUCCAAAUCUUGUGAGACUUUAUCUUCAAGCUGUAUACAGGAGUGGGAUUCUGUGGCUGUACCAGAAAAACAAUUGCAUAAAGAUAAUGUACAAAAUUUGACAGAAACUAACUGUGACUUCACAAACAUUCCUACAAGCAAAAGUGAACUUGUCAAAAACACAUCUAUUCAUCUCAGAACUAGUCAAAAUUUUUCCAAUAAACUGUAUACUUUUCAAAAUUCAGUAGGUGUUCAAACUUCUGACUCUUUGCUAAGUUUGAAUAAACAUAAAGCUCCACUUUCAGACUCUAUUGACAGUCUUGGUGCAUGGACCUGUAGCAAGCAUUCAAAGAAUGAUGCUAGCAUAUAUAAGAAGUUGGUGGAUAAGGCUUUGGGAAUACUUGGUGACUCAGAAUUGUGUAUCCUUGUUUUGGGUGGUCAAACAGAACAUGUCUCUUUCAAGUCUGAACCUUUAAGAUUGUGGAAAUGUCAUCUUAAUUGAAAGCAACUGCAACCAGGGCCAGUCCUAACAAUUGCCAAAUGGAUUGUGCAUGGGUCGAGUUAGGCUAGGGAUAAGGAUAAUAAGUGAAAAUUAAGAUUUUGUAUUAGUAAAAAUAAAUUAAUCUUUGCUUUGCAUUUUAUGAAAUGAAAGCUAACAAUGCCGUUUUUUAAAUCUCGCUUGGUAUUGGCAUUAACCAUAUUGAACGACAUCCUAAAAUGACAAUUUUGUCUAUUUUUUCAGGAGAUCUAAUAAUUUCAGAUUUUCAGGACUUAUUCAUAUAUUUUGCUAUUCAAGAGAUUUCCAUGAUCUCCUGGAAAAUAAGGAGGCUGCAGAAACGGUGUUAUAAGUUAUAAUGGUUUCAUUUAAUAAUUUAUACCUAGAAUUAGCGUGGAGCCAAUGAAAGUGCGGGGCCCACUACUGGUGCAUAGGUUGCAGUGGCCUAAGGCUGGCCCUGACUGCAACCCUAGGCUUUAAAUUCCUAUUGACUUUUACUCUGCUAAUUUUGUUUUGUUUUACAUGUUUUUAAUGUUCUCUCAGAUUUGAAGUUAAUGACAGGACGGUGAGGGAUGUUGGCUGGCAGGAUUAGAACCUGGGGCCAUCAAGACGACAGUCCAGGGUGCAUAUCAUAAGGCAGACAAAAAAAUAUCAUAUUUACUUAUGUUUUUUUUUUUGGCAUAGGUUAAGAAACUGGCACAUUUAAUUAUAAGGUUAAUUGAAUUUUGUUUACUUCAUGAACAAUGUCCAUUCACUGAAUGUACCUGGUAUUUAUCUUGAGAGAGAUGGGAUCUGGCAUGGAAACUUUGAUAAUGGCCAAACGUUGAGCUAACAAUUAUAUUAUGUUUUCACAUGUGUGGGUGUCAAGCUCUUUAGUUCAAGUUACUGAAGUAAACAUCAGAACUUCUAGGAGAAGUUCUAGUAUUUUUGUUUCUUAAAAGGUAUUUAUUGUCAACCUCUAACACAGUGACACCUGACAAAAGUAUGUUUAAAUGAAAAAUCGUUUUUUGAAAGUGUUUCAAUAAUUAAUGUCAUCAAUAUGUUUGUAUGGUUUUAAUUAUUGUUAUAAGUCUUUGUUUUGUAAUCCAAAAUGUCAUGAAAACUUUUUUUAUUUUUUACUUACUUUAUAAUGGUGUUUCCCAUUUCCACAGAGCCUAAUAUUUUUACUAAAAAAAGUUAUAGCUUUUAAUUGCAAUAUUUGUGAGUGCAUUCAUUCACCACUUUGCAAAUCUGUCAACAUGUAGCAUUUCUACAAAGUACACAUUACCAAAUAAAUGUUUCAAUAUGUGAUAUUGUUAUCAAAAUGUUUAUGUCUAGACAUAAUAUAAAAAAAAAGAUGUGAUAAUACUUAACAUGUCAAAAUAAUACUGAUUAUGUUCUUGACAGUGUUGAAUGAAGAUUUUGUUUGAUGAUUAUUUAAUACAAUAAUAUUUUAUUAAGGAAUAUUGAUUUUUAAUUAUUGCAAAAAUUUGUGAAAUUGUAGGUCAUGUUUUGCUAUUAUUUACCAUUUAAACUUUUGAUAAAUUAUUGCUAAAAUUAAAUACCUUUUUUUGUGUGUGUCUGGAAAUGUGUUUCCAAACUAUUUUUUAUUUACACUUUCAUUAAUUAGUCUUUCUGAAGUUUUUUGUUUUUUUUUUGUUUUGUAUUUUGCAUAUUACUCUUAAUAAUAGUACCAUAAACAGUAUCUACUUUUUGUUCUUUUUUGGUUUUUAUACAUGAUAUUAGUACCAUUACAUCUAGUCAUUUACCUCUCAAAAUAAUCAUUUACUUACUCAAAAAUAAUCAUUUAUUUACUCUUUGAUUUUUUUGUUUACAAGUCUUUCUUUUAGUCUCAUAAAGCAAUCAUUUACCUGCUCUUAAUGAGUUUUAUUAUAUUUCUGUACAUGUGUUAUUAUAUAUCUGUACAUGUUUUUUGUUUUUGUAAAAGUCAUUAUACUACAUUCAAAAUAAGCUAAGUGACCUUUUUUGGUGAUUGAGUCACUUUUGAAUACAUUCCAUUGCUUUUGAAACCAAAAUUAUUUUUUUUUUUUACUUUUAACAAAAAUUUAUACACUUAUGAAUAUAUGUUGAUGUUUGACAUCAUUUUUUUUUUUUACAUCUACCAUUCCCUGUACAAUGUUUCAUCAAAAGUGCUAUUGUUGAACACAAAAUGACCAGACAUCAAGAAAACGUGAUACAUUUUUACUUAUUUACAAACCUCUUUCAAGUCUGAAAUUUAAACUUUUUUUUGGUGUGAUGCAAGUUUGUUUUUGCAUAUACCACUAUAUUGAAGCAAUAUUUGUUCUAUUAAUUUCAGGUAAUUGUGAUAUUUAAAAGGCAUUUAGACUAUUUUAGCUUACAUUCUUUGAAAUCAUGUGAACUUGUAAUUAUUGCAGACAAGGUCAGUAAGGCAAGAUUGUAGCCAGUAACCAUUCAUAUUAAUACUCUUGUACUUGGCUACACUAGUUAAGUCUCCUAGUAUUCAUACUGCAGGCAUUUAUGACAUUUCUUUUGCUAGAAAAUAUUCUUUCAAAUAAAAAUUAUUUACAAGUAUA